UUUCUGUACAUGGACCACCCUCUACUGUUCUCCUAGUGGACGGUGUUUGCUUGUGCCAUAGCUGUAUGCAGGCCUUCAUUGUCAAUGACAGCAAAGACAGAGGGAGACUGAGGGUAAGAGAAGGAGAAUGGAGAGCAUGAACCUGCAUAGGCAACACAACUGAGACAUCAAGCUGGGUUUUACCUGCACCUCCUGGACCGCUGGACAAACUCACUGAUACAGAUCUUUAGCUUGUUUGGUGAUAAAGAGAAGAGGAACCAUGGGACCUAAAACAUGGAGCGUAUUUAUUCUGUUUGGUCUGUCUUUGUGGGGCUACAGCCAAGCCUUCAAAAAGAACCCCAUCCUCUCCCGGAUACGAAGGGCUCCAGAGUCCAAUGGAGAAAGCAAGAAGUGUUCCUACACCUUUCUGGUUCCUGAGCAGAAGAUCACAGGACCCAUCUGUGCUGCCCGGGGUUAUUCAACCGACAAGGACAGAGUGACGCGCCUGGAUGUGGCUUUGGUGCGCGACCUCCUGUCAAAGCAGCGUAGGGAGAUGGAAACUUUGAAGCUGGUAGUGGAUGUGGAUGGCAACUUGGUGAAUGAAAUGAAGCUGUUGAGGAAAGAAAGCAGGAACAUGAACUCCAGAGUAACCCAGCUGUACAUGCAGCUGCUGCACGAGAUCAUCAGGAAGAGGGACAACUCACUGGAGUUGGCGCAGCUGGAGACAGGCAUCCUCAACGCCACCACAGAGUCACUGCGCUUGGGAUCCAGGUACAGGGAACUCGAGGCCAAAUACGCAGCUCUAUCUGCAAUAGUGAACAACCAGUCCGUGCUGAUUGGAGCACUGGAGGAACGCUGUAUGCACGUGUACAGCCGCAGGCAUGACCAGUCACCCUUGGGACCUCCACUUGUGCAGGUGGUGCCUGAGAACAUUCCUGUUAAUGUGCCACGAUUCACCAAUGAGAUCCAGAGGGACAACACCCGAGUCUUUGCCCGAGAAAGGGGCUCACGUUCUGGGCCAUCUCCCACAAGUGGCACCCUGGAAGUUCAGAAACCUCCAAAUAGAAACUUCAGUGCUGAAGGCCCGUUCAGAGAUUGUCUAGCAGCGCAGGAAGCUGGCCAUAGCGACAGCGGUAUGUACCUGAUCAGACCAGAUGAAGCAGAGAGGCCUGUUCAGGCCUGGUGUGAACAGGAUAUAGACAACGGGGGCUGGACUGUCAUCCAGAGCAGGCGAGAUGGAUCCGUGAACUUCUUCAGGAACUGGGAUAACUACAAGAGCGGCUUUGGCAACAUAGAUGGGGAAUACUGGCUCGGUCUGGAAGGCAUCUACAACCUAGGGAGGCAAGGGGACUACAAGCUGCUUGUGGAGCUGGAGGACUGGAUGAACAAGAAGGUCUACGCUCAGUACAGCAGCUUCCAUUUGGAGCCUGAGAGCGAGGGUUACCGUCUGCGUCUUGGCACCUACCAGGGCAACGCCGGGGACUCUCUGAGCAGCCACAACGGAAAACAGUUCACCACCCUGGAUCGAGACAAGGAUGCAUUCUCAGGUAACUGUGCCCAUUUCCAUAAAGGAGGCUGGUGGUACAACGCUUGUGGCCAAGCAAAUCUUAACGGUGUCUGGUACACCGGAGGCGUCUACCGCAGCAAAUUCCAAGAUGGGAUGUUCUGGGCCGAUUAUGGUGGAGGCUUCUAUUCUAUGAAGUCUGUACGUAUGCUGAUCAGGCCCAUAGACUGAGGAGAUACUGUAAGCCAGGCUGGUCCAGGGGCAGCUAUGGAGGCCAGGGCAAACUUGAAAUGUGACUCUAUGUCAUCAGCAACUGGUUGAUCCUUGAUAAAAGAACUACACCAAUGAAGUUUACCAACCAUCAGUAGUGAGUUGAACGGCCUCCUGUAACAGACAUGGACUCUGCGUGAACAUUCUCUUUAUAUGAUAAUGUGAUGCACACAUAGAGGGAUUUAGGGAACAUGACUGUUUAAAGCUGUACAGCUUCUUUACCAACCCAAUACAUAUUAUAGUAAAGGGAAAUUAAGAGUUUGUCAGCUAAAUAAUGGAAGACAAGGCGCCCCCAUCCUAACAGAACUUCAUUGGUAUUUAAUUUAUAAGCUUAUGGCAUCACAGGAUUUAGAUGUGCUCUUCCUAGCUGGUCAAGAAAAACAUGGAAACACUCAUACAUGUUAUUUCACUUCUGCUAUAAUUGGUGGGAGCUGGAAAAUACAUUUAGUUUAUACCUAUGUAUAUUCAGAUUCUGUAUCCACUUUAAGAUCUGAAAAAUCCAACACCUCAAGGACUUAGAGAAAGGAAGGUGGUUUAAAUACUGUACGUGUUUUAUGUAGUUUAUGUAACAGUUUUGCUUUUUGUCAGUUUUGCUUUUUCCCCCCUACACUUAAAAUGACUUUUAAACUGUAUGUUAAACUACUUUCUUCAAGUGCAGAUGACCAGAAACGAUAAUUUAUGUGUAAAAUUAACUUAUCAUAACAUUGAAAAGGGCCAGGUGUCCUGAGGGAAUAGUAAAUGAUUCUACAGCACAAGAAAAAAAAAAAACUAAUUUCCUUCACUUUUCAAAUGACAAUCAUUCUCAAAGUGCGCUUGCACGUAUGGAAAUUGCUGUAAUAUGUUUUUCUCAUUUGGCUGUUGAUUACAUUUCAGUAUGAUUCUGAGAAAAACAAGCAUUGUUGGGGGAAAAAAAACGUUUGAAUUGCGUUGUGUUUUUAGUGGUUAUCAAGCACAAAAAAAAUAUGCCGACCAAGCGUGUUGAGAGUUAUAGGCAAUGGGACAGACAACGAGAAACACAUUGCUAAAAACCAGACAGGAUGAAGAAAGAAAAGGAGAGGAGGGAGGGGGGUGGGAUGAACUGGGAUGGAAUCGGUCCAAAUUUCCAAGUUAUCCCAACCCCCCUCCCCCUUUUUCCUUUUAAAUACAGAGAAAUUUACAUUCUUUCCACACAAAUGUGCUUGAACUGUAUGUUUUUGUAAAAUAUCUUUCAUUGACAAAGUCAUGGGUGCCUGCACUCUGUAAUCACCGGAAUGGAAGGAAAGCACCAUCCUUUUGGGGGGAACCAUACCAGAGUAGAGGGGAGCCAAGCUUUUUGGUUUUUUUAUUAGUUGGUCUUUGAACAACAGCGUUGCAUCCAAUAGCCUUUGGUCUCUGAGCCAAAAAUAGACCCUCAAAUUUUGAGCUGUUUUUUUCUUCUUGACCACAAUAGUCCUCACACCCAUCUUUUUUACAGACUUUUAUAAAGCAACAAAACACAAAGCAGGAAGACCAGUCAAACCCAGUUGGACAGGGGAACAUGUUUAUGAACAUGUAAAUAAAACCAGCGUCCAAUAAAAACAACAGCACAAUGUUAAAAUGAAACAGCAAAAAAAAGCUGAAACCAAUGAGUCACAAUACUUGGCAGAACAAUAUUUCACAACUAGUCAAUAAACAGAGAACAUUUAGAUGUCA